GUUCGUCGACUGCAGCGCUCAGAGUGUAAACACAUGGCGCCGGACGGCAUGGUUUGAUCUGUCUUUCUGUGUGUGUUUAGUUUUGAGAUUUUUCACCACUGACAGAAAAUUUUACCAAAAGUAGCUGCGCAAAUCUACGUUAAACGGUGCAUUUUGUGAUUUUCUAAUUAAAACCAUGGCAAAGAAAUCGAAUUCAAAGAAGAAGAAAGCAGAUUCUGCGAAAAGUCGGAAUGUGUCAGAUAAACCUAGAGCUCUUAAUCCUUUUGAAGUUCACGUGAAUCGACAAAAGUUCAAAGUGCUUGGCAGAAAAGAUAAAAAUGAUCGAGGUCUUCCUGGAGUGUCCAGAGCCAAAGCUCUGAAGAAGAGAAAAGCAACUCUUCUUCAAGAAUACAGAGUUCACAACAAGGCCAAUGAGUUUGUGGAUCGACGAAUUGGAGAAAACAAUAAAGGGAUGACGGCUGAAGAUAGGAUUGUGGCGCGAUUCACAGCCGAGAGAAACAAGAAUCGCAAAAAGUCGAGAUUCAAUCUUGCUGAUGACGAAGUUUUAACCCAUCGAGGGCAGUCUUUGAAUGAGAUUGAAAAGUUUGACGACCCCAGAAGUGACUCGGAGGACGAAGAUGAACGCGAGUCAGGAAAAUUGGAAGCAAAAUUUGUUGGUGAUGCGCAUUUCGGUGGAUUUUUGAGCAGGAAGGAAGAGACUGAAAGCUCAAACCAGAAUCGGCAAAGUUUGAUCCAAGAGCUAAUUGCCGAUUCGAAAAAAAGGAAAGCUGAGAAACAGCGUGAGAACGAGAAAACUGCAGAGCUCACGGCCAAACUAGACACGGAUUGGAAAGAUUUGCAGGCUGUAGUUUACAACAGCAAGACCAAGAAACAAAAAAAUGAUCCUGCUGAAGAAAAUGAGCCAAAGCCUAAAAUAGAUGAUUACGACAAGGCCGUCCGACAACUAACUUUUGAAUCAAGGGGUGUUCCCUCCGAUAGGUUGAAGUCAGAAGACGAAGUAGCCAAAGAAGAGAAAGAGCGCCUUGAGUUAUUGGAGGCGGAAAGAUUAGCACGAAUGCAUGGAAAAUAUGAUGGACUGAAGCCUGUUCCAAAGCACAGAAGUGCUGAUGAUCUUGAUGAUGGGUUUGAGUAUGAAGAGGACGAUCAAAUGUUGAGUUACAAUGAAGAGGGCAACGUAAAUAAUGGCGUACUUCGCAGCACGAUUUUGGCUGAAGAGUCUGGAAGUGAGGACGAGGAGGUAGAGGAAGAGUGUGAAGACAAGGAUAACGAAGAUCGUCAGGAAGAAAGUGAAGAAGAUGAUGACGCUGACAGUUUAAGUGAUUUGCGGCUCAAAGUCUCCGAUAAUGAUGAAGAGAGUGAUGAGGAUGAAGAUAAAAAUAUCAAGGAAAACAAAAAGAGCCAAGUUUCAGCUGCCCCUGACCUGGCAAAACUGAAGGAAAUGAUGGAUAAGGCUAGGAAAGAGUUACCGUACACAUUUGCUGUUCCAGAAACAUACACAGAUUUCAUAGAACUCUUUGAAGACAAGGCUCUUGCACAGCAGAGUGUCAUUCUGGAGCGAAUGGUCAAAUGCAACCACCCAAGUUUAGGGGCCAACAAUACAGCCAAACUAGGAGCCAUGUAUGCAUUUCUUCUUCAGUGGAUCAACGACAAUACUAUUGAACCUCCAGCCAAUGCAUUUGUAUCAAAUCCAAAUGAAGAUUUCUUAAAUACGUUGCUGCCUCACAUUUUUGAAAUCGUCCAACUUUCUGGGCCCGGCAAUGCAAGAAGAUGCACUGCUGCUGUCCUAACCGAAAAGCACGAGGAGUGGAGAAAGAAAGGAGCCAAGAAAAUACCCCCUCUUGACACAGUUAUUUUCUUCCAACUAAUCCUGCACAUUUUCCCUACAUCUGAUUUCCGCCACCCUGUGACAAGCCCUGCUGCUGUGUUCAUGGCUGAGAUUUUGAACAAUGCUGUUGUUCAAUCACUUCGAGAUGUUUCCAAUGGACUGUUUAUUUGUGAACUGGUGGCUCAGUACACAACACUGUCUCAAAGAUUUCUGCCUGAAGCUUAUCAGUUUUUGACUGACAUAAUUUGCGCCUUGAUUGAAAAAGAGUCAAACGCCAGAUUUGGGGAAAAACUGGACCCGUCUGAUUUGGGAGAUGAGGUUCUUUCUGCAUCUGUAAGGAUUUUACAUAAAAUGGCAGAGCAGUCCAGGAGUAACGUACCAUCCCUACCCGUUAUUCUCAAACCUGCUGUGGAAGCUCUUUCCAGAGUUCGUCAGCAAAGAUUAAAAGCUUUGGGAGCAGCUACUGCAGAGGCUAUUGAGGGUUUGAAGAAAAUUUGCCUAAACCCUGGAAAACUUGAGGUGAUGAUGAUGGAGAAAAAGAGACCCAAGCCUUUGAAGCUGUACGAGCCCCGUGUAGAAGCAAAGAUCUAUGAUGGCAAACGACGAGUGAACAUGUCCGAGAAGAAGAGGGAGCGUGUCAAGCUUGUCCACAAAUACAAACGAGAGAUGAAGGGUGCUGUUCGAGAAAUCAGGCGCGACAGGGAUUUCUUGGCAAAGGUCCAGCUCAAGGAGACAAUGAAGAAUGAUGCUGUGAGGAAGGCUAAAGUCAAGGAUAUUCUUGGAUCGUUGGCAACUCAAGCAGGAGAGCUGAAUAAAAUUGACAGAUCAAAGAAGAAGAAGAAAUAAAAUUUUUCUAUUUCAAUUUGUAAAAAGAAAUCUCGUAUAAAAAAAAUAAAGUUUAAUAAAAUAAUUUCUUUGAUUUUCCAUUA